AUGGCUUCUAAAGACAUUACUGAAGGUCAUCAGAAUGUGCUCUCCUGUGGCAUUUGUCAGGCCCAUCUCAUAGACCCAGUGGUGGCUGAUUGUGGACACAGUGUUUGCCAAUCUUGUCUCAGUGACUCCAGUGAAGAUUUUGGGCAUACCUCCUGCUGCAGGUGCAGGGCCAUCUUCCACUCAAGCCUUUUAGCUGCCGCUUUAAGGAGAAGAAGAAAACUCCCUCCAAAGAAGCCUGUUACCAAUAAACAACCUCCACAGAGGCCUGAGGGACCCAACAAGUGUGACCUCCACCAGGAGGUUAAGAAGUUGUUUUGUAUGAAUGAUCAGACCCUACUCUGUGUGCCCUGUUCACAAUCCCAGGAACAUGAAGCUCACACAGUCCAACCCAUAGAAGAAGCUGCUAAGCUCUAUAAGAAAAAGCUCCAGGAAAAUCUCAGACUUGUAAAUGGAAAUUUAAAAGAUGUUCAGAAGCUAAUCUUUGAGGAGAAGAAGAUACCUCGUUCAUGGGCUGUUGUGUGGACAGAACAAGUAGAAAUGCCAAGAGAAACCUUUGAGGAAAAAUUUCAAGAAAUAAGUGAAUUCCUGAGUGACGAGGAAGAGGAGGUCCACAGUCUUGUGGACCUGGAUGAGGAGGAGGAUGAAAUGUUUGAGCAGCUGAAGGAGCAGGAGGCCUGGCAGGAAACUCUCAACAAAGAGAAAAAGAGGAUGAGCCGCUUCCAUCUGUCCCAUUACAAGAAUGAGCUGAGGGAAAUGGCCUCCAGUUUGGAAGAAAAGUCUCAGAUGACAGACACUGAACUUCUGCAGGAUGUAGAAGACACACUGCACAAGAGUGAGUCCCUGUUGUUUCGAACCCCAAAACCUUUCACACCAAAACUGAGCCAGUCUUACUGUAUGGAGUUAAGAGAAUUUCUGAAAAAAUUUCAAGAAUCUCGACUGUUGCAAUGUCACUAUCCUUAUGAAUUACCUGAUGAUGACCGAAAGAGGACUUUCACAUUUGCAGAUAUUUCCUCAGGUCAGAUGUAUGCUAUUUAUACCUCUGGAAGUCUCCACUACAUGAAUGGGAGAGACUUGUCUAUUACAAAAUUGAAAAUGGAUGACCUUUCUGAAGAAGACGAUGAUCCCAUAUUCUCAUGUUACUGUUUGCCAAUUGAAAGGGAGUACUCGCCUAGUGACUUCCCUCCUAACCCCUCUAUAGAAUGGCAUUAA